ACCCCUGGGCUCCCCCGUGCGGGGCGGGCCGGCGGCUCCGGCUGCAGCCGCGGUCCAGGGGAGACCCGGAAGGUCCCAGCUCCCAGCGGGAUCCGAAGCUUUUCCAUCAAGGCUAGUCCUGAGACCCCAGCAGACACAGGGUCGGCACCGGGACUCCGCGGCACAGCCAUGCCGGGCCCCGGGCCUCGAGCGAACUGCAGCGCAGUACCUGCAGAGCCAUGAACAGCCACAGUCUCAACGGCUGCGGGGCGCAGCCCCUGGGCAAGGCCUCGAGCCGAGACGCCCAGGACCCCGAGUCCGGCUGCCCUGCGCUGCCUGCUGUGAGCUCUGGCCUCCAGGUAGGGACCAAGGGCAGUGGGCGGGUGCAACUCCGGGAGCAGGAGGAGGAGGAAGAGGAAGAAGAGGAAGAGGACGAGGAUGAGGAGGGCGGGCCCUGGGGCUCCCCCAGCCCGGGCCACCGCCUGGGCCACCGGCGGCAGCUGUUUGAGAAGCGCAAGCGACUCAGUGACUACGCGCUCAUCUUCGGCAUGUUCGGGAUUGUGGCCAUGGUAGCCGAGGCUGAGCUGUCGUGGGGUGUCUAUGCCAAGGGGUCGCUGUGCUCGCUGGCGCUCAAGUCGCUCAUCAGCCUGUCGACGCUGAUCCUGCUGGGCCUGGUGGUCCUGUACCACGCGCGGGAAAUCCAGCUGUUCAUGGUGGACAACGGCGCGGCCGACUGGCGCGUGGCCAUGACGCGCGAGCGCGCGCUGCUCAUCUCGCUGGAGCUGGCGGUGUGCGCCAUCCACCCGGCUCCGGGCCACCACCGGCUGGGCUGGACGGCACGCCUGGCGCUCAGCUACGCGCCCGCCGUGGCUGAGGCGGACGCCGACGUGCUGCUGUCCGUGCCCAUGUUCCUGCGCCUCUACCUGCUGGGCCGCGUGCUGCUGCUGCACAGCCGCGCCUUCAGCGACGCAUCAAGCCGAAGCAUCGGCGCGCUCAACAAGGUCACCUUCAACACACGCUUCGUCAUGAAGACACUCAUGACCGUGUGUCCCGGCACCGUGCUGCUCGUCUGCAGCCUGUCGUCCUGGGUGCUCGCCGCCUGGACCGUGCGCGUGUGCGAGAGGUGCGUGGGCGCCUGCGCCAGGGGAGCGGGUGGGAGUGCGCCCCCAGACAGGCAGGAGGUGGCCGGCAGCUUCCUGGGCGCCAUGUGGUUCAUCUCCAUCACCUUCUUGUCCAUCGGCUACGGAGACAUGGUGCCCCACAGCUAUUGCGGCAAGGCCGUGUGUCUGCUCACCGGCAUCAUGGGUGCCGGCUGCACGGCGCUGGUGGUGGCGGUGGUGGCCCGGAAGCUGGAGCUCACCAAGGCCGAGAAGCAUGUGCACAAUUUCAUGAUGGACACGCAACUCAGCAAGCGGGUGAAGAACACGGCGGCCAACGUCCUGCGGGAAACGUGGCUCAUCUACAAACACACGAGGCUGGUGAGGCGGCCGGACCCCGGCCGGGUUCGGAAGCACCAGCGCCAGUUCCUCCAAGCCAUUCAUCAACUCCGGAGCGUGAAGAUCGAGCAGGGGAAGCUCAACGACCAGGCCAAUGCGCUGGCAGACCUGGCCAAGACGCAGAACCUGCUGUGUGAGCUCACAGCCGAGCUGCAGGCUCAGCACGAUGAGCUCGAGGCCCGGCUGGCGGCGCUGGAGGCCCGGCUGGACGCGCUGGGGGCUGCCCUGCAGGCCCUGCCCCGGCUCAUCGCCCAGGCCCUGCGCGCCCCCCGCCGCCGCCACCACCACCGCCGCACCCCGGCCAGGAGCCCCCAGAGGGCAAGGCCCUCUGUGGCCAGCUGGGACUGACGGACCCUGGGGCCCCAUCCGGAUCCUCGACCCACACAC